AUGCCUUUGGAAUUGCCUGGCUUCUACUUUGACGAAGAACGUGGUAGAUACUUCCGUAUUACUGAAUUGACUGGCACCACCAGAACUGCCAUCUCAAGAGAUCCUAAUGAAAGUGAAAGGAUAUACAAUAGAGAAGAAAUUAAACGAAGGAAACUUACUGAAUUAAACGCUAAAAAUUAUGAAGAAGUCAAGCAAGAGUGUAAUGCUGUGUACCAAGAGCAUAUGAUGAAAGUUGCUGAUCCAUAUUAUAGACUUAUUGAGGUCGAGAAAACAAGAGCUAUAUUAGAAGGAUUACGCUUUCAUAACAGAAGGGUAGUAAUGAACCAAUCUGAUCUCAAUUUAGCUGGACAUGAAGGCUGCUAUAUUUCUAACUCAGACGAAUUAAAUCCAGCUCUAGGAGAGUUUACAGGAUUUUUCAUUCCAGUGAAUGCUAGUCGGUGGGGUACAGAACUAAUAUGUGCAACCUCGAACGGUUCUUUAAUUAGAGUCCUCCGUGACCUUUCACUAGAUACAGAAAGUGCUUACGAGUUCGAAAUGAUCUCUGAAUCAAACAUGGACUCUUUUACAAACAUCCAAAAAGAAUUGGUAAUCAAAUGUCGCACAAUACGAUUAGACGGAUUACUUAUAAAAGACGUUGGUCUCUAUUACCAUUUGGUCAAAGAGGGUUCGACAGAUCAUGUGUUUAUGUACAAUGGCGGCUCUUCAACAUUGACAAGAAGAGUUGAACUAAAAGGUGAAGAUAAAGAUCAUAUAGGUGACUCCGUAAAUAUAAGUCUUAAUGAAGGUUUUAUUGUCGCUGUCAACAAUAAACUUUUGAUACACAAGUGGUCGUACAAUCAAGACUUUUAUAAGGAGACACUUGACAAAGGUUUGACAUCUGACAUCGUUACAUUAGCUAUAAGCCCAGCUGCUAGGACUAAAGAACGAAUUCUAAAUAUCGGUUGUCGAAAUGGUUGGAUAUAUACGGUCCCGAUAAAGGAGGGGAAGCUUUUAGUUUCUGGAAGGAAAUGUUUCAAAAAUCCUUUAAAUGUUCGUUCAAUAAUCACCAUUAAAGCGGGUAUUUCACCAGGUAUCCUAUUUGUUUCUGCAAUAUCGAAAAACAAUGCACAGAGUUUAUUUAUGUUUGAUGCAUCCUUAGAGAUCCCUACGGGGAUGAAUAGGCCUUUUGUCAUCUUUCAAACCGGGCAGCAUAAUAUGGCAAAGGAAACAGAAUUUUUCGACGUAUCCCCAGAUGAUCAUUUUCUAUGUUAUGGCUCUAAAAAUGCGAAUUCCGGGAAAGGUGAUUUCGAGAUAUUUUCUAUCAAAAAAGGUGAUAAUUUAAUAUCUGAAUCUGUUAAUGGUUCGGUGAAAUUUUCCCCAAUACGGGAAUAUUGUGAUUAUUCUUCACAUAUACCGCAGGGGUGUCGACUUAUUACUACUUGUUUUUCCAGACUUGAAACGACUUCUAUGCCUCGGAAUUUAAAGAUAAAGGCAAAUUCCAAUGAGAAUAUGAUUUACGAAGAUGGCCAAACUGGGUCAGUGAAAAUGAAAUCCGGUAACUACCGCCAUGGGGUACCUAAUCUAAUCAUAUGUGGAACUGAGUCUGAGUCCAAUGAAUUUUUUUCGUCUCUGUAUUUGGGCUCAGUAGAACUAUACUAA